AUGGCUGAGAUCGAAGUGAAUGCAAGUAAAAAUGUUGUAAAGGCAUGUGGGAUUACACCUUCUGUUAGACAUUGUUUACUCACAUCCUCACUGUUGACCUGCAUUUGGCGAGAUAAUUCUCGUGAUGGACUCCCGUCCCUAAUUGACCAUAGCUGCUGGAGCGAUGAAUCUGUCUGCCUAAACAGAAAGCUCUGGUAUGCUUUGGGCAAAUUGAGGGCAGAAAAAUCUGCGUGGGAAGUUGCCAAGGAAAGCGGUGUAAAGCUGGCGACCAUUUGUCCCGGGCUUAUCACCGGGCCAGAUUUCUACCGCCGGAGCCCAACAUCUACAGUUGCUUAUCUCAAAGGUGUUCAAGAUAUGUAUGCAGAUGGCUUGCUAGCAACUGUCGACAUAAAUAGAUUAGCAGAGGCACACAUAUGCAUAUUUGAGGGGAUGAAGAAGACAGCAUCCGGCAGUAAAUUAUUGAUCAAAUUGAUCAAGUUAAAGAUUCUGGGUACCUUCUGUCCAAUCCUUAAAAUCAAAGGUUCUUGCUUGGUCCUUUUGUAUGCCUAG